AUGCUAUUUCUCAUUGUACUUUUACUGGGAUAUGCCUUGUGUGUGGAAGAGGAGAGGGUUGAGCUGGCUUCCAGCAAAGCCGACACGGUUGCGGUUAUCUCUUUGUUUAUGAUACUUGGCUUGACCUUUUCGGUCUCUCUGUAUGGAAUCAAGAAGCUGCUGGAAAAGGACCCAAAGCAAAUAACUAGUGGAGGUCAUCAUACCCGUGGCCUUAUUCCAAGGAAACAACAGAGCCCUUACGAGGUGAUUACUUUCUAG